AGAAGCGUGUUAGGGAUUUCAGGGUCACGGCGCCAACUUCAGUGCUUAAUGCUAACGUACGAUGGGUUCACAGAGGAUUUUGUACAAAACGUGAUAAUUGAGCGGCUAUAACAAAUAAAACGGCGAGACUAUAAUUUGUGAACGAAUCAAUCAGAUCAUUUAAUCAAAUGGAUGACCUAAAAGCAUUGCUUGAUGCAGAGCAGGAGAAAGUGACUAAGUUGAAAGCUCUUGUGGUGAAAGAGAGAAAAGUUAACACGAAAAUCAAAUCAGAAUUGGAAUAUCUGAAGUCACUGCAUGCCAGAACUCAUCAAGAAAGUAGUGGAACCGUUGAAAAAUUUGAUAAAUCGUGUUGUACUUCUGAAUUUUCAAAUGAAUCUACCUGUAUGAAUAAGGCACUAACAUCAGAGCUUGUAAGUACAUCGGUAGAAAACGCUGUAGAUAAUGGACAUAAAAAGAAUUUUCGUGUGUCAACCAACGAUAUUGAUGAUAAGACAACUGAAUCUGUAACUAGAAUUCCUGUUUGUACAAUUUCAGCCUCUUCUUCUUGUGAGACGUCCUCUAAGGAUUCAUUGCAGAGUUCUGACAAACAUAUACAUGUACCCUGUUUAAAUGAAACAACUCUAGUUCCUGUUAACUGUCUAUGCGCUGAAACACAAGUAGACAACUUAAAUAAUUUUGAUGGUAAGGAUUCACCAUUGUUACAACAGUUUAACACUGCAUUACAGUCAUUAAAGCUCAACAGCAGAAAUAAUCUAUCAAAAGAUGAAUUAAAAUUAGUAUUUACUGAAUGUAACAAAUUAUUAGAAGGGAUCGAUCUCUGUUCAACUGAUAAUUAUCAUGUACCUUUUAAUCAUUCCUCAUCGAAAAGUGAAAUAAUAAAGCUAGAAAAGUUUUGUCAAACUCUACCAAUAGAUUUAAAUCAAUAUUUUCACUCAUUAAAACAGUCUUUUACCAAACAAAAAGAACAAAAUUCUCGCGAUAACAAACUUUCAAAUGAAUUAAAACAUGUUCAUUCAGAUGAAGUGUGUGACGAAGAAUUACAUAUUUUAGAGCAAAGAGUAAAUGAGUUAAAACAUAGUGUUGAAUAUGCUGAAUCUUCAUUUAAUCAACUAUCAAAUAAGCUUACUUCAGUUACUCAUAUAAAUGAAGUGUAUAAUGCUAAAUUAUUACAAUUACAAACAAAAUAUAAUGAUAAUUCAUUAGAUAUGACACAAUCAUUUGUUAAGCUGAAUAGUUUAUUAUAUGAUUCUUUUUUAUUGCCGUUGAUUAAAUACCAUCAAGAAGUAAACAACAACAAACAAUGUAAUUUGAAUGUGGAUUAUUUUAUUUGUGAUAAUUUUCAAGAUGAUACUGUUAAUAAAGUUACAAAGAGUUUAAGCGAUUUCCUUGAUGAAUUGAAACAAAUUAUUAAACACUAUUACACAUUCAAUAAUAAGUGUAUUACAUCGUCCGAUGCAUGCAUUCUGACUGACUAUAAUGAAAUAAAUAUUGAACAAGAAAAACUGCUGUUGGAUAAAUUGAAAAGUACAGAAUCUGAAUUAAUUAAUGCGAAUGAAAAGAUUCUAAUCUCUGAGAAUCUAAUUUCAGAUCUAAAAAGUCAACUAAAAAAUUCUGAUGAAAAACUACAUCGUAUGAAAAAUCUUUUAGUUAAAGUUAAAUUAGAUGCAACUGAACAACAGAAGAAACUUUCAGAAUUCCAAAAAAGUCAAUCUGUAAAUGUUGAAAAUAAUCAAGAAUUGAAUCGUCUGACUGAAAAAUUGUCUAAUACUGAAAAGGAGAAAGAAAAUUUGGCGUGUAAUCUGACGCAAUUGCGUAGUGAAUUAGCUCAACAACAUGUCUUAUGCGAAAAUCUCCAAAAUGAUAAAUGUUUAGCACUGGAUCGACUUCAAAAGCUACAAAACGAAUAUAAUGCAUACAAAGUCAAGGCUCAACUUGCUCUAUGUAACGUACGCACUUUAACCAAUGAGGUGAACACAACAGAUACUAAUAAUAGUCCUAGUUGUGAAGGGGUGAAUACUAACCAAUCUGAUAUCGAAAGCAGAUCAUUUUAUUAUUCAAAUGAAUUAGAAUCUAUGAAACACAAUCUUUUUGACGUACAAAAUCGUAUGAAAGAGGCUGAAUUGCAUGCGUCCUUAGCACAAUCAGAAUGUGAUUUGUUGAAGAAAGAAUUGAUCGAAGUUAAAACAAGACACACUGAACUGUUAUGCCAAUCUCAAAAACAAAAGCAAUCCUUAGAGGACCAACUAAUGUCGAUAACUCAACAAUGUGAAAAUCGUCUUUCUGCUGAACUUAAAGAACUAGAACAAAAGUAUACUAGUCAACUACAUCAUUAUGAAGAACGACUUAUGCUGCAAACUCAAAAAUAUGAAAGUGAAUUACGUCAAGAAAGAGAAUUAUGGGAGACAAAAUUAGCCAGUAUCAUUCACACAAACCAUUCACCCACUCAAAACUCGUACAGGUACGAACAGGCCUAUGGUCAUCGACGGAAUUUCUCAAUACCUGAUAAUUUGAAUCCUCUAAGCGUAAGUGUUCUGGUCCUCCAGUACUAUUUGGUAACAAACAUUAUAACUUGACAUUAAAUAUGGUAAAUAGCUUUUCACUAGUAAUCUCAGUUCAUAGUAUACCUCUGUCAAGAAUAUACAUCAUUGUUGGUGUAUUUUCUGUUUCGACAACUUAUAAUGUUACUGUUUGAUGUUGAUUUCAUACAUACUUCUUUGAUCCAUCGUUUAUUCUUGCUAUUUAUAUCAGUUAUCUUUUCCGUGCUAGUUUGUGGUAGCUCACUGACAUAUAGCUUUGUCUGUCUUUGUUACUGAGAGUUAAAAAGCAGUUUAAUGUUAUUUUAAGUAUUCAAAAUUUUUAUGCUACUUAUACUAAUGUGUGUGCUACUAAUGUAUCAUCAAUCGAAAGUGAAAUGGCUGGCGGCAGAAAGUUAAGAAGAUCGAAUAAACGAGAUUGAUUGGUGUGGAAAUGAAAGAACAAUUAAGUCUGAGACGGUUGAUAGACAUUUUGCGAUUGAAGUAUUUACUAUAUGGUUCUCAGAUUUUACUAAGACGUUUUAUAAUUUUGUAUUCGAAUGCUUUCGAUUGUCUCAAAUUGUGCUCUCUUUCAUUACAUCAAGAGAACAGAAGUAUAUCAACACAAGGUGCAAAACAGAAGUAAAUCAAUAGUAUAUCUUACAAUAUCCAUUUUUCAUAGGUUUUGGAAUAUAGGGAAAUAUGUUGUUUGGUAGAAUACUAAUCAGGAGUCUUGUGUCUAUGACUUAAUUUCGUCGACUGCCAUCUUUAAAAGAACUAAAGCGGAUUCAUAAUUAAAAUGUUUACAUAAUGUAUUCUACUAGUGCUUCGUUAUUUUAAAGCCUCGUAUCUUUGAAAAAAGUAAGAUAUAUUUGGCAACUUUUGUACAUAUUAACGACACCUUAUCUAGUUGUUACAUUCAUUCCAAAAAGCCAUCAUCCAUGUUACGGUGCGAGAAUUAAAAACGACUUAUGAAAUAAACCUUUAGAUAGUCUCAAGUAAACCACAUCUUUGAACAAUGGCGAAUAGAUUAGUUAGUUUAGAUGAAUCUCUCCACACCAAUAAAUACGGUUUGAAUAGGUGAUAAAUAAACGCAUUUGUUUCUGAAUAUCUACUCGUUUAAUAAACUUUACUCACUCUAAUUCCGCUGUCAUUGUCAAAACUUCUAUGUUCAACACAUCAAACUGUUUGAAAAGAGCAGGAAAUUGGUCAGUUUUGUGGCAUUAUCGUAUCUAUUUAUUACUGUAUUGUUUCGAAGCAGUGGCUUUUAAUCAGAACACUCGAAUUUAAACUAGUUACUUGUACGUUGAAAUAGCGUUCCAUGUACUUCAGUUUAAAGCGGUCGAUAAUAUCACUAAACUAGAUUUUUGCGUUGUGCGGUGCUAGGAUCACUCCACUGCCAACACUAGUAGGUCACCAUCCACCGUCAACUUUGCCGGUCUAGACUCCUGCUGCGACGCCUCCUGCCAGUCCGCUGGACUGUCAACAUCUGUAACCAACCGCUCCGUUACGGCCCCUCACUCCAUUUUGCCGUCUGCAUUAUCUAUGUUGGUAUACACUGCCUUUUCCCUGCCUCCCGGAAGCGUCUCCAGCACCACCGUAUUCACUUUGGGCUCCCCAACUCCCACCAACCCCUCGACAUCUGCACACUUCUUCAGGAAAUUCUGUACAUCCCUUUCCUUAGACUUCCAUGGUUACAGAAUCUUCAUUCUACGUAGAAACAGCGACACCAAUUGUAAAGGAUGAAAACGUGGACAGGCGAAAACUAGUUAUACCAUCCAAAAUUACACACUGCAGAAUAUGAAACCAAUACAUUAAAUACCGUUUGCAUAUCGUCCUUGAGUUAUCCCCCACAAAUUCCAUCAUUGUGUCGUUCAUGUUGUUACUCCGAUUACUCUCUGCUUCUGUUUUCUUGUUUUCCUUUUGUGCCAGUAGGAAUUCGAUUUUUAAACCCUGCUACAUACUACUUAUAUCUAUCCGUAUAAGUAGCAUACAUCGCAGUACUAUUAAAAAUGUGUGGGGAACUAGAGGAAUAGUGUAAUGAUCAUGAUAACUAGCAGCUACAAGUCGAAUAUUAGUCGGAUUGUAGAGCACAUAUACUAAUGAGAGCAUAGAAGCAACUCAUAUAUUACUAUAAUUCACAGUAGAGUUCUGCAACAAUUAGGACUAAAAUUAAGCAAAUGUUGCAGACCUGUCUGAUUCAGUGCAUUACAUCAAUCCUUUAUAGUUAGAUCACUGUUUUAAGAAAUUCCAUGAUUAUGUUCCGUUCCUGUAAUUGUGUAAGAUGAGGAACUUAGUUGCGUUCAUGUCAAAUAAUAUAAAAGAACCAGUUUUUCAUGAAUUUUUUUUCAGGCGAACUCGCAACAUAAAAGAGUUCAAGGAGAUGGAGCCGAUAAUUCCAUGAUUUCCUCCGUGGAAUCUGAUACAGAAUCAGAUCAUGCAGUUAGGAAUUGCUCUCUAAGUCACAGUGGCAGUGAGCAUUAUUCACUGGCAGAUGAAGAAAACUAUAAGAAGUCUGUACAUCGAGUGAGUUAUUCAUUGUAUUACAUCAUUGCAUAACUAAGUAACAGUUACAAAGUAUAAAAGUAGCUUGCUCUAUAGCUCAAGUUUUUCUGGAUUGAUAAGCUUCUCUCCUAAUCGGACAUAACCAACAUAAGAUGGCACCAGCUCAAAGGUAUCUAAAAAGAACAAUCGUUUACUAUUUUCUUCCUCGUAUGUACCAUGACAUUAUGUACGCUCUUGAGUUUACGUAGACAUACUACUCUGGCAAAUUGAUUGUAAUUGGAAAAACUAACCUCGUUAUUCCAUAUAGGCCUGAACAUUUCACAAACGAUUACAUCGCAUCCUGCUUCAUUUACCAGUUCACAUGUUUGUGUGGGUACACGUAAAUAGGGAGCAGUUAUCGAAUAAUACAAAUAAGGGUAUCCAGAUAGCUUCCGAAUCAAGAAGUCUCAAACGCUCCGAUAAACGUAAGAAUUAGAGGACUAUCAGAACGUAUCAAAACUUUAUUUAUUUAUUUGAAAACAUGAAUAUUGGUACAAGAGAGCGCCAAUAUAUAUGCGCCACACAAAACAAUGAAAAUUCGAAGAGGAAUAGAAAGAAAAAAAGCUAAGGAGCGCAAAAAAAAGAGAACAAUAACGAAGAGAUUGGUGUAAGGUAAUGUGCUAGUAAUCAGGGAACGCAAAGGUACAAUCGGAAGAAAUCUUUCAGGUAAGGGAGACACAACCACUUUUUAUGAAGAAAGUAAAAGAAGGUUACAGCAGGAUCGCCACUGACUUCUAUUCUCAGCCAUAUCUGAUAACGUCUCUAGCCACUGUGUAGCACCAUCUCUAGGACCCCAACCAGGGAGUCGUGAAGGACCAACACAAUCCAGUCCUUCGCAGCUUUCUUUCAUACCACGACACCAUGUCAUGCACUGACCACCUCUCCGCUUCUUCCAACCAGUCCUAGAGUCGGCAAAUAAUGCACGACGUGGAAUUCUCUGGGACGACAUUCGUAGAACAUGUCCAAGCCACCGAAGUCGGUGUUUCAAGAUGGUGACACCAAUUGAAUUAUCAUCUCUGUGCCCGAACACACGAUGCCGAACCUCUGCAUUACGGACAUGGUGUUGCCACUGAAUGUCAGCAUUCCUUCGGAGACAGCGAUGAUCGAACACAGAGAGUCGUCUAACGUCCUCAACUCGGAGAGGCCAGGUUUCACAAGCAUAGAGCAAGACUGCUCUCACCGACGCGUUGUAGAUCCGACCUUUUACAGCCAGAUUAACAUCACGAAGGCGCCAAAGGUGAUCCAGAUUGGCAUAAGCCGCUCUGGCUUUCACUAUACGUGCAUUGAUCUCAUCACUCACACCCCCACCAGCACUUAUGCAGCUACCCAGAUACACGAACUUCUCGACUACGUCUAUCUGCACACCAUCCAGGGUGAGUACAGGAUUGGAAUCCUACCAGUCUUGUAGAAGUACUUUGCACUUCGAAGGUGCAAAGCACAUACCAUACCUACAGACACUGAUUGCCAACUGAUUAAGUGCAGAUUGCAUGCCUUGGGCAUUAUCGCACAGUAAGACAAUAUCGUCCGCAUACUCAAGGUCGAGAAGUCUUUCUCCAGGCAACAGAUCCACACCACCAUUACUUACAUUCAUCAGAGCUGUUUCCAGAAUGUCAUCGAUGGCAAAGUUGAAGAGGAAUGGUGAGAUUGGGCAACCCUGCCUAACCCCACUACUCGAAUAGAACAAUGGAGAAAGGUGGUUGUAUGCCCUCACUCUGCCUGAGGUGUUUGUGUAUAGGGCUUUUAGGAUGUUGAAAUGUGUCAAAGAUUUCACAUUAACACAGCUUUUUAAACGUCGCAUAGGAAUUGCAAAGAACGGUUUCUCAGGUUUAUGGAAGCCUUGGCUAUCGGAUAAUUCAAACCCCGAUUUAUGUGUACAAAAACAAUUCUUCGUAAUGUUGAGCCUACUCCAAUAAUAUUUAAGACAUUUUACGGCCUGGGGUCGUGUGACAAACUCCUAUUAUUUUUUAUAUUAUGUUAAUUUGUAAUAAUGGGAGAGGAAUACAGGGGAUUUCAAUGCUAUUCCGUAUUUUUGUUUAUAUGAGAUUUUUCUACAUGUGAAAAGAAGUUUAAACAGUUUUAGAAUUUCAUAGUGUUUAAUAAACAUCAUUUUCCAGUAGACUAUUUACGAAGUUUAGACACUUAAAUAUACAACUUCAUUGCUUACCAUAGUUUCGUUAUCUAAUAUAAUUAAUCCGAAUAUUUUUCAUUUGAAGUUGUAAGAAUCCUAAAUGGAUGUGUAUAUUGAUUGUUGGUGGGGUUUAAAUUUACUAUCUAAGUAUUUAAAUAAGGAAUAUUUUUCCAUUCUUUUACUUUUCAUCUCGUUACAUUUUUCUCUUACGGUUCUUAUUUAAACGAUACUUAAACGUUUUUGUAUUUGGUUAUGCCUUGUCUGUAAUGGAGCUUUUAUCUAGUAAUUACUUUUUAUCCUAACAUUUGUUUACUUUUUAUUAUUUUUUCCUAAUAACUAGCUACUCUAUACCUAAUCAGUACACAAAAAUUGAAUUUAACGUUGUUGUUUUUUCAGACUUUGUCGCAUUUAUCGUCUAUUCUUUUUUUAUUCUUUCUGUCUAGGUUUUGGUAAACCAAUACACAUUAAGGUUCAGCUUUUACUUUUUAAUCAAUUUAUUUCCCUGUAAUUGUGCGAGAAAUGUUAUUAUAAAUAGUUUCAUUGGCUAACGAACAGUUAUCAAAAACUAUUAGUUAUCAAAACCAUUAUAUUUCCGUAUAUUGCAUUCACUAUCAUACAAAUGUUUAGCUAUGAACAGUAGCUUAGUUUUUCUAACACCAAAACCUUCAACCACAUGUCUGCAAAUUCAAAUACCCCCCCUUAUCUAUUUCCAACUUGGCAAUCGCGUAAUAUCACCUCUUGAGUUUCGACUGAACGAACACAGUGAUUCACAACUCACUUGUAAUACACCUAAUUAUUCUCUACCCUAGUUACCAGCAGUUGAUAUGACGAAUAAAUGCUCACUUUUGUUGAGUUAUUUUAUGUAACUUUAAGAAUCAGCUUAAAUCGAGUCAUGAAUUCAACCAUUAAGCUACUACAGUCUCCACAAACUUCCAUUCUGAUAAGAAUGCGAUUUAUUGGGCUAGAUUUAAAUUCUACAUUUGGUUGAGUAAUUCAAAAGUAGUUUUAAAAAAGCCGAUAUAAUCAUUGUAUUAGCAACGCCUAACAUAUCGUGUGGCUGGCCCCUAUUUGUUUAGUACAAUUACAGAUUGAUUGAUAUUGAGGUUUAGAUUGUAUAGUUUUCACGAUUAAUCUGACCAUGGUCAUUAUGCUUACAAUUAGCUGACAAAAUGAUAUAUAUAUAUAUAUAUCAUUCAACCGAUGGAAAUUAACCCAAACCAUUAUACAGUAACAAACUCAUACUUUAAGGCAAAAUAACAAAUUCACUAGUAACUUGACGAUUAUUUAUGAUUUUUUAUAUAUAUCGGGUUUGAUCUACUGUAAAACACAUUGGACUGUUUUUCGACCAAUUAUCUUUUUUUCAGAUCACCAUACCUACUUUGGAACAACUUCUUAAUCAUCCCAAUCAAUAUUCACCAUCUGAAAAUAUGUCAUCUCAGCAUUCUGUUAAAUCAUUUCAAGAAGUUCGUAAUGUUCAGCCUAAUCAAUUAGCUGGUUUACAGUCUGCUUUAACCAAUCAACAACGUCGAGUUGAAUAUCUUUCUGAAUUGUUAAGUGAAAGUGAAACAAAUGUAACUCGUUUAUUUGAGCAAAACAAAGUGAGUAUGGUAUUGCAUAUUAGAUAUUAUUGUUAUAUUCUAAAGAAUUAAUUAAUAUAACACAUUUUCAUCGGACAAAAAGUCGGGAAGGGUUCUUGGUAUUUGUAUGGUUGUUACACAUGAUUGAACUGUACUGUUCAUACUGUAAAAAGCUUGGAUGGUUUCUGGUUCUUAAAUGUGAAAUUGCCCUCUCAUAAAGUAUAUUUGUACUUGUAAAAUUAAUAUACGCUAAGUUUAUUUAUAUUCGAUACACAGAAGUAUUUUGUGUAAUAAAAAUGAUACUCAACAAUGUAAGUACUUCCAUUAAAAAAAUGCGAAUGCAAUAAUAAUCCCCACAGCAUAAUGUAGAAUUUGAUAAAUUUGGAAAACCGAUUGUAGGCUUCAAAUUUUGUCACUACGUGUGCUCUUCAUAUAAUUUUGACUGACACAAUUGUAGACUAAUUAACUUCACAGUUCUUUUCAUAUUGGCACUCUAUCUUGGUAUAAAUUACAGCUUUCUAUUACUGGAAUAGUUAACUCUAAGAAAUAUUAAAUUUUGUAAUUGAUUUGAGAUCAUAAAUACAUCUGUUCCAUCUAUUAGUUACGAUUUAAACUGUUUCAGUAUUUCACAUUUGGCAACUGCAUUCAUCCACUUUGUGGAUAUAAUUCAACCAGUCUAAAUUCACUACUAACAUUAAGCUUGUAUUGUAAUCAAAUCACUAACAGGUGGCUAACUAUUUCACAGUUUAUUACUUGAAAAUAUUCUCUACAUUUCAUUCAAGAUAAUAUCGUAGUAUUGAUCAAAUGAAAAAUUUACUGGUUUUCAUUUAGAAUGUAAAUGUAAGUCUUAACAGUCGAUUUCUGUGAAGUAUCUUGCAUUAUCUGUAAAAAAAAACCCGUUAUAUAUGGAUCUUCCAAAAGUAACAUCUCACAGCACUCGCAACAACUUUGUUGUCCUUCGAUCGAACAAAUGUUUUCACUGAAACUUAAAGGAUCAACAUUUUUCAAUUUGGCUGUUACUAUACAACCGUUUAGAACAAUUCCCAGAUAUAUACGAGGUGUUCUACUGUCUCCUCUAUUGUAAAUAAAGGUUCUCUCACUCCAAAUUGAGUCACUUGACUCGAACAGCUCAAACUACACAACUUUCAAAACCUUUGUCACUAUUGGGUAUGAGUAUAAUCACACAAUACAAUCUGUUUCUUGUCGAAAAUAAUUAUCAGUUCAUCAGCUGCGUGCGUAAAUUAUCAUAUGACUGGCUAAUAUGAUAAGACAACAUCUACGUGGUACUUUUAUAACACCAACUCAGCAAAUAGUUAAUUUUGACUGUUUGCUUUCAUCACUCAAUCCAGAGAAUAGUUUUUGGGAAUAAGAACGGUAUUGCAUAACACGAGAAAAUUUGACGCCAACUCACCGAUGAAAAAAUUGACCAUUUUUUCAGCAGUUGCCUUUGAAGAAGAGUGUUGGGCGUUAGCUGCUCAUCAAGUGAAUGUGUAUACUCCGCCCUUGAUGAUUCCAGUGUGGCAGUUGUCACUUAGCAGAUUCAUCAAAAGGAUAACUCAAAUAUUUUCCCCUUUUUUAGAGGAAAAUGUCAAGAUUGUUUUCAAGAACUUAAUCUAUCUAAAUUUACCCUUAGUUUAACGUGAAAGCAACGAUGAUAUCAACAGCUUCUUAACUAGUGAAUAUCUGCCUCAAUACUCAUCACAGUAGCUUCUGAACACAACAGAUCACUGAUAAAUUUUCGAUUGGUGGCGGUAGCAAUAACUAUAACGGAUAAAAACGUAACAUCACGGAGUUGUGACUGCAUAUAUGUAUUUGCGAUUGUACAGCUUUGAAAAUGAAUUCGCCGAAAAGAGAACUUUGGCUGUACUAAUUUUUCUUAUUUAAUGUCUUAAUGAGUGUAUUCCGUUGAUUACUUUUUACCAAAACGUUUACUAACCUUUGUAGAUAUGAAUCCUUUAGUGUUUUUAUGUAACUGCUUGAAAUCUGCUCUUCACGUAGUUAGAUACUAUAAUAACUUCACGGUUAUAUGCUAUAUAAUAGUAAUAAUGUAAUUUUUAAAUGAUGAAUGAGUUAACUUUGUAAUAAUGAUCAUCAAAAGAUUAAAUAUUUCAAUGUAGAAACUUGAAAGUGCUCAGCAACUAUCGGUUUGUAUUCCUAUGUGUUAUUUAUCUAAUAGAUUAACUAGGUGGAGGGAGAUAUGACAAUUGUUUAGAUUCAACUGUUAUGAAUUAAAGAAUUCCAAAUAUUCAAUGUAGGUCAGUUUGUAGACGAAAUUGGCCUUCAUAAAUAAAUCCAUAUUAUGACCAUUAAUUUACUCUAGAUUGCUUUUAUUCUCAAUAUUCUAUUAACUAAUAUCGAUUAUUGUUUCAAACAACUGUCAUGUUAACUAGUAAUUGACAAUUCACUAAUCAUUAUUAACUUCAACUAUAUAGCUGAUUUUUAUUUAAUUUAGGUGUUAAAAGAAGAAAUUCGACGUCUUGAAAAUAACUCCAAUCCAACAUUAAAAGUACAAUGUACAGAAAAUCAAGAUAUCUUGGAAUCGAACAACUCUCUUCAUAGUAACACUAGUGUACUUGUUGAACAUUUGAAAGACAUCUUACUGAAAGUUAUAACACUACCUAAACAAUCUUCAGAACGUAAUCAUCUCAUGCGUGCGUUGGCUACAUUUCUUUCUUUGAAAUCAGACGAGUUUAAAUUAUUAGAAGAGGGUUUAAAUCACAGUGUUACUUGUUCUACACCUAAUCAACAACAAAAUCUCUCUUCCAAUUGGAGUAGUUAUAUCUCUGCAGUUUGGCGUCAGUAAAGAACAAUAUUUAAGAAGGAAAGCGUGCAAUAUUGCUUUCAAAAUAACCUUCUGUGAUAAAUGUGUAUUCUUAGUGACAAAUUUUUAAUUUACUGGUUGUGUAAUAUCUCUCUAUCAGAAAAAUACUUAAAGAUCAAAUCAACUUGAAAUUUUUCAUUUAUGAUUUUGUAAUUGUGAUCAUUAUAGCGUUCUUUUUGUUAUAUCACAUCACUUUGAGUAACUCUGUUGCGUUAUUUUUUAAAGUUGAAAGCAGUUGGUGUGAUACAUUCUCUAUUUAUCUAAAUUAUUUUUCAUAUGUAUGCAUUAUUAUCUUAACAUUUUGAGAAAUGACAAGUGUUUUCUUCACUCUCACUCUUAAAAAUUGGUUUUUUCAAAAUUUGUGGAGCAUAAAUUCCUUAACGAAAAUAUAAUUACAUUAUGUUACACG